GGCGUCGCGUUCCCGCGUCUGCUGCGGAGAAGAAUUGAUUGUUUUUAGAUGUCUAAAGUGUUUAAAUGGACAGAAAAGCGCUGCGGGACAUACAUAAUUUAUUAAAUGUGACAUUUUAGAGCUUAAGCUUACAGCACUGACAGUUAUUUAGUGCGAGUAAAGCGCGUUUAUGGAGCAGAAGAGCUUAUUCUGCUCUCUGUAUCGUCAUUCAGCUCAUCAGAAACACCAGUUCAGACACUACAGAGAAACUCCUGCUGAAGCGACUGAGCUCCACUAUUAUAAAGAUGGCCUUUAUUAAAGAGGAGAGUGAAGACCUGAAGAUUGAGGAAACAUUCAGAGUCAAACAUGAAGAUCCUGAGCAGCUAACAGACCUGAUGCCACCAAAACAGGAGGAUCAAGAAGAGGAUGAGUUUGAUUUCAUGACUAUAGUGGACUCUAUACGGGCUGAAAAUAUAAACGCUGAAAGGGAGGAAUCUAAAAAGAAUUUGGCCUGCCAACAGUGUGGAUUGAGCUUCAUAUCAAUACACGAUCUCGAGAGUCACCUGAGCACUCACACUAAUAGACGACCCUUUAUAUGUGGUCAGUGUGGGAAGAACUUCACGAGAGGACAUAAUCUGCAGUGUCACAUGAGAAUUCACACUGGGCAGCAGCGGUUUAAAUGCAGUCACUGUGGAAAGGGUUUCAAUGGAAAGGCAACUUAUCAUUACCACAUGACCAUCCACAUCAAGGAGAAAUCAUUACCAUGUGAUCAGUGCGGAAAGCGUUUCACACAUGAACUAAGCCUUAAUGCCCACAAGAGAGUUCACUUACCAAAACGAAGGUUUAAAUGUAAGCCAUGUGGAAAGAUUUUCACUCGGAUAGCAAGCUUGAACGCCCACAGCGCAGUGCACACUAAAGAGAGGCCUCACGUCUGUAAUCAGUGUGGAAAGAGGUACACGCACAGAAAUGCCCUACAUCGACAUGAGAAGGUUCAUAAAUCAUAAAGGACAUGAAUGUUUAGUUUGUGGACAGUGUGGAAAGAGCUUUAGGAACAGAUUUCGAAACUCAGACUGAAGAUGCAGUUGAGGAUUGAGGGAUUUAAAAUCCAGACUUGCAGAACACCCUUCAGGCCAUCGUACAUGGGUAUCUUAUAAACAAGUUUUUCCCAACCUCGCUAAUCUUUGUCCACAUGAAAGCUCAAAAACACACUGCUGCACAAUCAAGGGCACACCAAAUCCGCAGGCGGCGAUAAAACCUGUUUUGCUGGGUUCAGACCAAUGAUGGAUUAAGUAUUCGCCAGAGCUUAAUUUGUGCCGGAACACGCUGGAUCCAGCACCUCUGAAAUCUGCUCAUACCAGCUCCCUUUCGUCCGCGAUCCACCCAGGCUCUCCACUUUCAUGCGCGACACCUCUUUAGGCUCGGGUAACUGCCGGAACUGUUACCUCGAUCAUUUCCGGGACCUCACAAAGUAAGCACUGGCAUUCGCACAAAUAAUUUCUUUACAAAGUCAACACAAACUUGAGAACAGAGGUAAAUUACUAUUGUCCGGUGCUAAUAAUAAGGAAUGCGUGAAUCUUUUGCCACAAAUUCGUGGAACUCGCCUCAAAGUGAUCUAAUACAUAUGGCGUGAACAAGGUCGUGUUGGCCAAUCAGAAACAAGAAAUCAGCUCGCAUGUUGACAUCAUGAGGCAAAAACUGGUUUAGUUGCCCCAAGAGCAUACCGUAACUGGAGUUCCUGAAAAUCUGCACCCUGGCUGAUUGCAUUUUUGUGUGGAUGAACGGCCAGAUCGUGUAGAAACUGUGGUUUUGAAAACCCUGUGUUGAUGCAGACAGGGCCUCGGAUGUUUAACUGCAGAGAGAACUUUCAUAAGCCUAAUAAUUUCAUGUAUUCUAGCCUCAUGGAAUUAAUUUGCUGACAUGUUUGUUUUUCCAAUAAAAUGUAUACAAACUUGGUUCCAGGUAAUGUGUGGUUGAUAUAACCUUCUACAGUAUAACACAGACAUCAGUGAUGAUUUAGACACAAGCUUAACAAACGUUUUGAGUAAAUUGUUCAUAAACCUGCUAUGGAAUCUUUUGGAUUCCAACAAAUUUACUUCACGGAGAGUCGAUCAGGUUGUUGAUUGUGUCCUGUCGGAUGUUGGUCCACUCCUAUUUAAAUG